UCACCUCAUUCUUUUAAAAAUGACUGAAACACCUGGGCUGCACGAGUACUGUUCACAAAUGGUUCACCUCCAUAUCUUUAGGCUGCACUAGGCCUACUACCGUGGCUACCUUUGGCUCUAAGGUGCGCCAGAAAGCCUGAACAGGUCAGUUAGUGUAGGCUGCACUCGCAGUCUGUACUCGACCUGCUAGCGUGGUUAGCUCUAAGCAGCCAGCUAACCAAUAUGUGCCGGAGAGCGUUGAGUUAGCGGUGUUAUACAUAAAUCUAAAAAAUAUAUCACUUUGGCUAAAAGAAUAGGGGAAUUCCGCUAAAUAGCGCACGUCUGGGAUCCCUGUAUAAUUUGCCCCAGUUGAGUCAUGACAUCGUUGUAUUUUUUUUUUUCACCGACUUAACAGCCAUUUGUAAUGGAAAUUAAACCCUCUUAUUUGUUUCCAUUUUCCCCGGAAAUUCCCCAUUUGUUAAAAUGAAAAUGUUAAAAGUUAAAGUCCCAAAAAUAGUCACACACACUUGGUGUGGUGAAAUUAUCCUCUGCAUUUGACCCAUCCCCUUUUUUACCACCUGGGAUGUGAGGGGAGCAGUGAGCAGCAGCGGUGGCCGUGCUCAGGAAUCAUGUUGGUGAUUUAACCCCCAAUUCCAUCCUUGAUGCUGAGUGCCAAGCAGUGAGGUAAUGGGUCCCAUUUUUAUAGUCUUUGGUAUGGGUUUGAACUCACAACCUUCCAGUCUCAGGGUGGACACUCUACCCACAAGGCCACUGAGCAGGUCUCACAAGGCCACUGAGCAGAUCUAAGGCCACUGAGCAGGUCUUGUCAGGUAUGCUCUCUCAUGACAAAUAUCAGUAAACAACUGGACAACGCUUUGAGUUGUUUUUCCAUUUUGUUUGUUUUCAGCAGCACUACUGUUUUGGUUAAUUUUGUACCAAACAAAGUCACGAUUUUACAAACAUUAUUACUUUUCUGCCUAAUGCUGUGUGUCAGAGGAAACAUGCCGUAGGCUGCAGCCGUUUAAGUUGACACACAGCACACACAAGGGAGAAGAGGGCAUUGGAGGUUUAUGAGCACCAUCGAGCAGUUGUGGAGGAACUCUCAUAAGAACAAUUUUGUUCCAAAAUGAACAAAAAAAUUGGGCUCCAGAAAAAAGGCCACAUUUCUUAUGCAGGGCAAAAAGGCAGGUGCUUGUGUUCGUGCUUGCUGAUGCAUACAUUUAUUAAAGAUGUCCAUGUGUCAAAUGCCAAUAACUAAAGGACAUAAGUGAUAGCCAUGCAUGAAGCGAGCCUGAUCGCCACGUCUCCCUGUUUGCUGAAAGAGAGUGUGUGUUUUUGUUCUGUGCACGAUAGGCGUUCUCCUGCCUCAGGAUGUUGCCCUUAAGGCUGAAAACGUUGACUUCCUGUGGUAGGAAACGAUCAAAGAAUGGACAAAAGUUGGUCCAGACGUCGUGUUCCCAGCACUUGCUGAGCGCAGGUCGUAGCAGCAACAGUGAAAUUGAGAGCGAGCCGCAUCCUGAGGUGAGCAAGCUUAAACUGGAGUGGAUUGUUGUUCACGUGAUGGCCACCUGCUCUGUGCUGAUUUGCGAGUUGGAACCCAACUAGAAAGGAAAAUGACAUAAAGAACUCACAUGUGAAGGCGUUUGUCCAGCAGAGACAUGUCCAAUAACAGCUGCGGCCUUCCCUUGGACACAGACGUCUUUGGCCUGACUUGCAUCUAUGGCCUAGUCUUCUCCUUGGGCCUGCCCAGCAACCUGCUGUCCCUGUGGGGACUCUACCACCUGGGUCGCACAGGUAACGGAGGCUGCCAGCGAGUCUACAUCCUCAACUUGCUGCUGUCCGACCUUCUGCAGUUGCUCACCCUGCCCUUGUGGAUCCUGUACCUUCAGGGUGGCCACCGCUGGCCCUACGGCCCACUUCCUUGCGAGCUGGUAGGCUACGUGUUCUACGUCAAUGUCUACGCCAGCGUCAUGUUCCUGUGCCUGAUAGCGCUGGACCGCUGCCUGGCCAUCGUGUUCCCAAUAAGCAGUCGCAGGGUGAGGACGAUCAAGGUGGCCGCGGUGUCAGGCGUGGCAGUGUGGAUGCUCACCUUUCUCUUCUGCCUGUUUGGACUUCUGCCGUCUGUUUUCGACCCGGAUCGAUUGCUGUGUUUGGAGCAGUAUCCAGUCAGCCCCAAAUACGCCCACUUCAAAAUCACCACUGUGGCUCUGGGAUUCCUGUUGCCGUGCACCAUACUUGGCUACACCUCAGCCCACAUCGGAGUGACCCUUCGCCGCUCUCCCUCCUUGUCGGCCCACGAGCGCCACAAGAUUGUGGGCAUCCUGGUGGUGAUCACAGUCAACUUCAUUGCCGUGUUCGGACCCUACCACCUGGUGGGCGGCUACAGAUUUGCCUCGCUGCUGCAGGCCGACGAGCCGUGCGCCCUGGAGCGCUCCAUCUUCCUGCUCUACCGACUGUGCUAUGGGAUGACCAGCCUCAACGCACUGCUUGAUCCUCUCUUCUACAUUUUUCUGUGUGCCGACGCCCGGCUGGAGCUGCGGAGGUCACUACCCUGCUCAGGCCGGGGCCAAAGCGCUCGCAAACAGAUGACUUUGACCACGACAGUUCACCAGGAAGCCAAGGAACAGAGGGAAAGCGACCAUAAUAAUCUUUCAGUUGCAUAGAUCAGGUUUGAGACCCAGCAAACCUCCCUUCAG